ACUCGCGCCACUUCUUUCACCGGGGGAGAAACUCAAGCUGCAAGUGAAUGAAUGCUGGUCUCCGGUCACAGUGAAGUUAACUAAACCGUGAAUUAAAACGCACUUUUGUUCGCUGGUACCUGUAGGAUUUUGGAGUCACGUUAUCUCACCUGAGGGUCCACGUCUGUAGCCAUGGCUCGUAAGGAUUAUGCGGCAGAGAAAGACAAAUGCAAAAGGUUCCUGCAAGAGUUUUACACAGAGGAUGACAAUGGGAAGAAGGUGUUCAAAUAUGGAGCUCAGCUUGUGGCACUGGCCCACAGGGAGCAGGUGUCCCUCUUUGUCGAACUGGAUGACGUGGCUGAGGAAGACCCUGAGCUGGUUGAGAGCAUCUGUGAGAAUGCCAAACGCUACACGGGCCUGUUUGCUGAUGCUGUCCAUGAGUUGCUACCAGAGUACAAAGAAAGAGAUAUUGUGGCCAAAGAUUCCCUGGACGUGUAUAUUGAGCACAGGCUGAUGAUGGAACAGAGGGGUCGUGACCCUGCAGACACUCGUGACCCACGUAACCAAUACCCACCUGAACUCAUGAGAAGAUUUGAGAUGUACUUUAAGCCUCCCACCACUGCUAAACCUAAAGUGGUCCGUGAUGUUCGAGCUGACAGUAUUGGGAACCUGGUGACAGUUCGAGGCAUAGUGACUCGUGCCACUGAGGUCAAACCAAUGAUGGCUGUAGCUACUUACACAUGUGACCAGUGUGGUGCUGAGACCUAUCAACCAAUCCAGUCUCCCUCUUUCAUGCCCCUCGUCAUGUGUCCCAGCCAAGAGUGUGUCACCAACAAAUCUGGAGGGCGUCUCUACCUGCAGACCAGAGGCUCCAAAUUUGUCAAAUUCCAAGAGCUGCGUAUUCAGGAACAUAGUGAUCAGGUGCCUGUUGGUAAUAUUCCAAGGAGCAUGUCUGUAUACGCCCGUGGAGAAAACACACGCCUUGCCCAGCCAGGAGACCAUGUAGCCAUCACAGGAGUCUUCCUCCCUCUUCUGCGCACAGGUUUCAAACAAGCUGUUCAGGGUCUUCUGUCAGAAACGUACCUGGAGGCCCACAGCAUCACACUCAUGAACAAAACAGAGGAUGACGAGCUUGGCAACGAGGAGCUGACUGAGGAGGAGCUGCGUAGCAUCACAGAUGAAGGAUUUUAUGAGAAAUUAGCUGGCUCCAUAGCACCAGAGAUCUAUGGACAUGAAGAUGUGAAAAAGGCUCUUCUUCUCCUGCUCGUUGGAGGUGUGGAACAGGCACCUAAAGGCAUGAAAAUCAGAGGCAACAUAAACAUCUGCCUGAUGGGAGACCCAGGAGUCGCCAAGUCCCAGCUGCUGUCCUACAUUGACCGUCUGGCCCCUCGAAGCCAGUACACAACAGGUCGUGGAUCAUCCGGAGUCGGUCUGACUGCAGCAGUUAUGCGUGACCCCCUGACUGGAGAAAUGACCCUGGAAGGUGGAGCCUUGGUGCUGGCUGACCUGGGCAUCUGCUGCAUUGAUGAGUUUGACAAGAUGGCCGACGCUGACCGCACAGCCAUCCAUGAGGUGAUGGAGCAGCAGACCAUCUCCAUUGCAAAGGCGGGCAUCAUGACCUCCCUCAAUGCCCGUUGCUCCAUCCUAGCGGCGGCCAACCCCGCCUACGGCCGCUACAACCCCAGGAAGAGCAUUGAGCAGAACAUUCAGCUGCCGGCUGCUCUGCUCUCCCGUUUCGACCUGCUCUGGCUGAUCCAGGACAAGCCAGACGCCGAUGCUGAUCUGCGUCUGGCCCAGCACAUUACCUACGUCCACCAGCACUCCCGCCAGCCACCCACUCACUUCACCCCCAUCGACAUGAAGCUGAUGAGACGUUACAUCGCUCUGUGUAAGAAGCGGCAGCCUGUGGUGCCAGAGUCACUGGCUGAUUACAUCACUGCUGCUUAUGUUGAGAUGAGGAAAGAGGCCAGAGUCAGCAAAGACACCACCUUUACCUCUGCCCGUACCCUCCUCUCCAUCCUCCGUCUGUCCACUGCCCUGGCUCGCCUUCGCAUGAUGGACACUGUGGAGAAGGAGGACGUCAAUGAGGCAAUGAGACUGAUGGAGAUGUCAAAGGACUCGCUACAAGCCGACAAGUCCAGCAACACAAGGACUCAGCGUCCAGCCGACGUCAUCUUCUCCCUGGUUCGUGAGCUCGCCACAGAGGGCAUGGUGGGCCGUGGUGGAGCCGGUGGGGUGGUUCGCAUGGCUGAGGCCGAGCAGCGUUGCGUAUCUCGUGGCUUCACUCCUGCCCAGUUCCAGGAGGCCUUGGAGGAGUAUGAGGAGCUGAACGUGUGGCAGGUCAACCAGGCCCGCACCCGCAUCACCUUCGUCUGAACAAACUGGGACAUGUCUUCAUGCACUCUGUGUCUCAGCCACCUGGGGGGGCUCUUUGUUGUGGGUUUUCUAUUGACUUGACAGUGGGGCUCUUUAUUUUUCCUCCUCCAGCAUUUUGUAACACGUCAAACAGAACCUGGACAUUUUUUAAGCAAGAAUUCCUGCUGUUGGAGAUCCAUAGAUUUUUAUGUUUCAGAUUCCUGUUCACCAGUAAAUCACUUGUAAAUAUGUGUCAGAACUUUGUUUUGUGUUGUUAUCUGCAGUUUAGAGCUUUAAACUUCCAGCUGAAACUGAGCAUAUCUGUACAUUUUAUACAUUGUAAUGCAAAUUAGGCAAGAUAAAUUAACAUUGAGCCUUGUAUUGUGACAAUAGUUAUAAUAAAUUGAUGGUUCAAUAUGA